AAUCUUGACGAUACUCGCCGCGAACCCUCAAAUCCGAUUUUGAAUACCACUUUAAUGGCGGCCCCAACUCAGGUUCUCCACUCUUCCAAUCGUGAGGCUUCGAGGACUCAGCUAACUGCGCGUUCGGUUCUCUUCUCUUGUCUGAGUGGUGGAAAUGUCGACAACUUCUUCCGCAACCCGCCUCCUGCCCAGGAGCCUGAGAGCCUGUGUGAUGACUCCCAAGCGGAUGAUUCGGCAGGAGACUGUGUUGAUGUCGUUGAUGGGGGCAGCAGCAACACUACGACCUGUGGUCGGCUCAUUGCUCCUCGCACCAAUGUCAAAGUGGCUGCCACCUCAGGUUGGUGCAGGGCCGACGAUAUGUGUGAGCCAACACCUGGACCAUCUAGUCCCACUCUCCUCGUUGCCGAUUCGGAUGAAGAAACCUGA